AACACAACAGAACCCACCACAUAUUAUCUUCUUUCCUCUUUAGCUUCUUCUUUUCCAGUCUCCCAAUGGCUUCUUCGAAAUACAAACCUAUAAACUUCAUAUUUCAUGUUUUUUAUUUGAUUUUUAUUUUCUCCGCCCAUAGUUCCACGGCGGAGCUCAAGAGGCUACUGCAACCAGCUAAACCAGAUGGUAGAGUAAGCUUUCUCGUCAUCGGAGACUGGGGAAGGGGAGGCUCCUAUAAUCAGUCUAACGUAGCUCUUCAGAUGGGAGAAGUUGGAGAAAAGUUAAAUAUAGAUUUUGUAAUAUCUACCGGAGAUAAUUUUUACGACAAUGGGUUACUUGGCUUGGAUGAUCCUGCAUUUCAAGAUUCUUUUACCAACAUUUAUAACGCGUCGAGCUUGCAAAAGCCUUGGUAUACUGUUUUAGGAAACCAUGACUAUAGAGGUGACGUCGAGGCACAACUUAGCCCUAUGCUAAGAGCUAUGGACAACAGAUGGGUCUGCAUGAGAUCUUUCGUCGUUAAUGCUGAGAUCGUCGAGUUUUUGUUCAUCGACACAACUCCAUUUGUCGAUAAAUACUUUGUCCAACCAAAUAAGCAUGUCUAUGACUGGAGAGGAGUGUUACCCAGACAAACAUAUCUGAACAAUCUCUUACAGGAAGUGGACGUGGCCUUGAAAGAGUCAACAGCAAAGUGGAAAAUAGUGGUUGGUCACCACACGAUCAAAAGCGCAGGCCACCACAGGAACACCAUUGAAUUGGAAAAGCAGCUUUUACCUAUUCUUCACGCGAAUGACGUGGAUCUCUACGUAAACGGACAUGAUCAUUGCUUAGAACACAUAAGCAGCGUGGAGAGUAAAAUACAGUUCAUGACGAGUGGAGGUGGAUCAAAGGCUUGGAAAGGUGACGUAAACCACUUGGAUCCACAAGAGCUGAAGUUUUACUACGACGGACAAGGAUUCAUGUCGGUUGACAUUUCGGAGGCCGAACUGCGUGCCGUGUUUUAUGAUGUUUCUGGAAACGUUUUGCAUCAGUGGAAGACUUACAAGGAGUCGCUUUAUCUCACUUCCUAAUCAUAUAAUUGAAUCGUGACCACAUUGUCCAGAAAUUAUGAUGCACUACAAUUAUUUCAUAUUUGGUUGAAUUUUCAAAUCAUGUUUUAUAAUCAACCCGAUAUAAAAGUCAAUAAGAUUAUCUAUUCCACUAA